AUGUUCGGAAUUUCCUAUGGAGAGGCUUUUCUUCUGCUCGGAGCUGCUGCUGCUCUUAUUGGCCCAAAAGAUCUACCGAUUAUAGCUAGAACAGCUGGGAAAUUGGCUGGGCGUGCAAUCGGAUAUGUUCAAGUUGCCCGUGGCCAAUUCGAAAGUGUCAUGCAGCAAUCGCAAGCUCGCCAGGUGCAUAAAGAACUGCAAGAUACAAUGGCUCAGUUAGAAGCCAUACGUCAUGAAAUUCGGUCCAUUUCUUUCAUGAAUCCUGGUCCAUUAACAACUAGGCCAGUGGACAAUGUUGCUAGCCAUACACCUUCUGGCAAUGUGGACGAGGAAACUACAAAACCUUCUGAAGAGAACUCAGCAAGAGUUAAGAACGCUGCAACAACUGCCACAUUGAAUGAUCAUAGAUCAGCAACCUUAGAUUUGUCUGAUAUACAUAGACAAGCAACUGCAUAUACAAGAUUGGCCGAAUCCACAUCCUUAGUGCCGGAAUAUUACCAAACCGAAAAGAUGACUUAA